UGAAAAAGCUCCAGAGAGCCACUAGGGCGGCGCUAAAGAGCCGCGGGUUGCCGACCCCUGUACUAACCAAACGUGGGUCCACACAAAGUAGGCAAGACAUGUGUGUGUGUGUGUGUGUGUGUGUGUGUGUGUUUGUGUGUGUGUGUGUGUGUGUGUGUGUCAAUGAGACAGAUGUGAUUUAGCUAAUGCUGUCUGAGAGCAGGGCAGGGCUACAAGAGCCAAUGACAUCAUGCGAGAGAGAGAGAGAGAGAGAGAGAGAGAGCAUACAAUAGAACACAAGUGGUCCGGCCCAAGGCAGUGUGAGGAAGGAGGACUCCUCUCACACACACCGUGACAAGAAGAGAGAGGAUGUUCUCCAGGUGGCUCCUCCGGGCAUGCUCCUGAAGACCAAGUAUGACCGCCUUCGCAACGAGUCUGUGACCUCCUGCGACGACCUCAUGCAGAGCUUAGCCAUGAGCGGCAAAGUGGCGUCCACCCCGGUGGUCUCCUCCUCCUCCUCCUCCUCCUCCGCCCGCGGCCUCCCCCUGCCUCCUUUGGACCCCGGGUCGGCGGGGUCUUCCGCCGCCGCCGCCGCGCCGGCCGACUCCCCCUGCCUGGACGGAGAGCAGGACGGCGCCACCACCUUCUGCAUGCUCAUCCCCAAGAUGCCGCAGUGGAAGUUCUCCAACUCCUUGCUGAGUCGAAGCCCCUCCAGCUCCAGCAAGUCCCCGUCCCAAGCCUCGUCUUCGUCGUCGUCCUCGCCGCACCGGCACAGCGUGGCGGCGUCCGCGGCCAGCGGCCCCGUGGCCAGCCUGGCGGCGGUGCUCACCUCCUGUGACCCCGUGUGCAUCACCCCGUGUUCUCUGCAGGCCAUCCGGGGCCAGCGAGCCGCCGCCGCCGCCGGAGAAGUCACGGCGAGCCCCGCCGCCUCCAGAUCGGGGAUGAGUCGCAGGACCCGGGUGGAGGGCAUGUGGCCCGGCGGCGAGGACUUCAGCCAGAAGGGAAGCUUCAUCCACAAACCUUCUCAUGGGUGGCUGCACCCGGACAAGAAGAUCGCAGGACCGGGAGCCUCCUACGUGGUCAGGUACAUGGGCUGCAUGGAAGUGCUGAAGUCCAUGCGCUCCCUGGACUUCAACACGCGCACUCAGGUGACAAGGGAGGCCAUUAACAGACUGUGCGACGCGGUGCCCGGCGGAAAAGGCGCCUGGAGAAAAAAGGCCGUGAACAAAGCUCUUCAGUCCAUCAUGGGGAAGAGCAACCUGCGCUUCGCCGGCAUGAGCAUCGCGGUCAAUAUUUCCAUCGACGGGCUGGGCCUGCUCAUUCCCACCACCCGACAGAGGUUGGCGCACCACCCCAUGCAGUCCAUCUCGUUCGCCUCCGGCGGAGACACGGACACACCCGAUUAUGUGGCGUACGUGGCCAAAGACCCGGUCAACCAGAGAGCGUGUCACAUUCUGGAAUGUUCCGAUGGUUUGGCCCAGAGCGUCAUCAGCACCAUCGGGCAAGCCUUCGAGCUGCAGUUCAAACAGUACCUGCACAGUCCGCCCAGGACUCUGACGGCGUUGGACAGGUCCUGCAGGGCGGAGGAUCCGGCGUGGGCGGAGGAGGAGGAGGACUGCUCGGAGCACGACUACUACAACAGCAUCCCGGGCAAGGAGCCUCCCGUCGGCGGGGUGGUGGACUCCAGACUGCGGCCGAGUGGACUCUCCCAGCAGGGUCACGUCCUCACCCAGCCCCAGGGCAAGGCCGCGGCGCAGAUGGGCUCUCCGGCAAAAAGAGAGCUAGCAUCCCUCCAUGCCAGUCAGCCGUGCUAUGAACUCCAUUGGGACGCUGACGCAACCAAUGGCUCAGAUGGUUACCUGUGUGCUGACGAGCCAUCACAGAGCAGCAAAGACUACGAGGAGCACCAGUACGUCAACACGCAGAGUCUGGACAACUUGGAGUCUCUGGCUUUGGGGCCCGAUGGACCGCGAGGUCUCAGGGGACCAGAUAGUCCCAAGAAGGACCUCUUUGACAUGAGACCCUUUGAGGACGCCCUCAAGCUGCACGAGGCUGGUUCUGGUGCCACUAUGGCCCAAUGUGUGGGGGUCCAGGUCCUGGAGGACCAGUGGCCCAGUCCUCCGCGGCGCAGGGCCCCGGUGGCCCCGAAUGAGGACCAGCUCCGACGGGAGACCUGGUACCACAGCCGCAUGAGCCGCAGGGAUGCGGAGAAAGUGCUGGUCCGAGACGGAGACUUCCUGGUGCGGGAGAGCACCACCAACCCGGGUCAGUACGUGCUGACGGGCAUGCACUGCGGCCUCCCAAAACAUCUCCUGCUCGUGGACCCCGAGGGCGUGGUGCGCACCAAAGACAUGUUGUUCCAGAGCAUCAGCCACCUCAUCUCCUACCACCUGAAGAACCAGCUGCCCAUCGUGGCGGCCGAGAGCGAGCUCCACCUCAGACAGGUGGUCAGGAGGAAACAGUAGUGCACCCUGGUGCAAAGAGUUGAUGCCAAGUGGACAGAAGGAAGGAAGGAUGGAAGGAAGGACGGAAGGAAGGAAGGAAGGAAGGCGAGUGAGACGUCACCAAGUACUUCUCCUAAAGUGUCCAGCAUGCAGGUGUUCAGGUGUUCAGCUACAGAAAAAGAAAAGACAAAGCCAAGGUGUCAAACAAGCUAAAGAUGGCGUCCAGGAAGAAUGUCCGUCAUAUAAUCCUGCUCUCUACAUGAUCCUGCUCUCUACAUGA